UAGAAAGUGACGGAAGAAGGCUUGUAGCGGUGUGCUUCAGCUAUGGCGACUCCCCCGAAGAGAAUGUGUCACAGCCCUGUCUUUAACAACAGCUUUGAGAAAAGGUUUAAGAAGCUUUCCGUAGAAGGCAAUAUUGCUGCCGGGAAAUCCACGUUUGUGCGAAUACUUGAAAAGGCUAACGACGAGUGGGAGGUUGUUCCAGAGCCAAUUGCCAAAUGGUGCAAUGUCCAAACCACCGGAAAUGAAGAUGAGGAGCUGUCCACAUCUCAGAAGAGCGGAGGAAAUUUGCUACAAAUGCUGUACGAUAAACCUACCCGGUGGGCUUACACAUUUCAAACGUAUGCUUGCCUUAGCAGAGUGAGGGCACAGCUUAAUCCACCGUCCCAUAAGUUACGUGAAGCAGAACAUCCUGUGCAGUUUUUUGAAAGAUCUGUGUACAGCGAUAGGUAUGUUUUUGCUUCCAGCUUAUUUGAAUCUCAAAACAUUAAUGAAACAGAGUGGGCCAUAUAUCAAGACUGGCAUACAUGGCUCCUAAAUCAGUUUGAAUCCGACAUUGACUUGGAUGGGAUAAUCUACCUCAGAGCAACACCAGAGAAAUGUAUGGAUAGGAUACACACUCGAGGUAGAGAUGAGGAGCAAGGAAUUGAACUCGAAUACUUGGAAAGUUUACACUAUAAGCACGAAUCUUGGCUUUAUGACAGGACAAUUCAGGUAGAUUUUGAAAACCUGCAGCACAUGCCAGUUCUGGUUUUGGAUGUCAAUGAAGACUUCAAAAAUGACAAAAUCAAACAGGAGGCAUUGCUUGACAAAGUAAAGGAAUUUUUGGCUUCCCUCUAAUCUUGAGUGAAGAAGGGAAGACUUUUAUAUUGAUUUGGGCAUUCCCUCAGCCACCCAAUUGAUGUGACCAAUGACUGGAAUUCAGUUAAUCUUUUUAUAUGUAUAUUUUUUCCCAUAAAUUAAUGUAUAGGGACCCCUUUAAUGUAACAUAGGUAGGUAGUAAAGAAUGGGGCUGUAGCUUUUUCCCACUAAACGUUUUAAAUCUUUUAUGUGGCAGUUCCAAAUUAUAUUCCUUUGAUGGUAUUAAUACUUAUACAGGACAGCAGUAUCUACAUUGAGUGCACAUUAUAGUGGGAACACGCUAAAAAAUCUAUCCAUAGGUGAAGGGGCUGGGCCAAAUUUUACUUUUUUCCUUGCAGUGAUGUUCUGCUACAUAAAUCAAAAGCCUUUUUUAUUUCUAAUAUCCAUGUUGCAUGGUAAUGUCACUGCUUGAGGAAACAAGGUUUGCACAAAGUGUGAACUUGACCAUCAGAAAUGGUUUUAUUCCUUAUCUAUUUACUCCAUGCAAUAUGGUAUUUAGACCCAGUUAUUAUGAAGAUAUGUCAGGUUGGUUGGCCACAUUUUUCUAUGUCUCUUCUAAGAGAGGCUCCUGUAUAUAACUUUCACAGAACAAAAGUUUUUGGGUUUUUUUCCCCUCCCCCCAUACAGUUUAAUGUUUGCAAAGGUGCUCCAUAGCUGAUUAACAUCAGUUAUAAAGCACACUAUAAGAUAUUUUUUUUUUUUUUUUUUUUUUAAGACCAUGUACCUUACGGUCACAAAUAGUGCAGUUUAAUAUGUAAACCUGCUAAAGGGUAUGGCACACUACACUUUUACUACCUCAACAAGCAGCAGUAACCAAAACUCUGUAGAGUGAAAUUAAUGGUGGCCAGUGCUGCAUGUAGUCCUAUACCUACAAGUAAAUGUAUAUUUAAUGUUUUUUGGAUGUGGUUAC